GAGAUUGAGGAAUCCACAAUCACUCAAUCACUCUCCCAUUCCUUUUGGUUUGUGUUCUUUUGGCCUCUUGGGAUGCUUCAAAGAUUCAAUUAAAACUAUUUUCUUAAUAAAUCCCUUUUAUUCACAGGUAGAUUGAUUCUGCUGCCAUGGCAGAUCUCAGCUUCCAUUAACCUUCUUCUUAUCUUUCUCUCUCCUUCCCUUCACUAAUCACCACCUUCAUUUUGCUUUCCUUUUCCUACAAUACUAUUUAAACCAACUCUCAUUCUCUCCUUUUUCUACCUCCCUUUUUAAAUUGCUUGUCUCCUCUUAAUUCUACAUGUCUCUCAUCCUCCUCCCUUUUCCCCAUUUCUAAUAUAAAGCGUAUCUCACUCGAUAAUUCAGAGCCUACUAAACUUCGACUAAUUCUGAUUCGAGCCGAGUGAGGACAGGAAAACUCUGCCUUCUUCCAUUUUGCUACUAGAUGCAUCAUAGUUUAUGAUUUGUUUUUAAUUUUUUCAACGCCCAAGUACAAAGCACUUAGUGCGCUAGGUACAACUACUGCUUCUCCCUCUCCUCAGUGUAGGUCCAUUACCUUUUCUAAUUUCCUAAUUUUCUAUUUGAUUAUUGAAAUGGGGGUGGUCAUUUUUCCGUUUUCCCAUUAUUGAGCCCCUUUCUCUCUCCUCCCUCCCCCACUUGGUUUUCUUCAAUUAAGCUUUCUUCAUUGAAAUUUAUCCACUAGGGGGUUGUUUUUAUCGAUUUUUUUUAACAAUUUUUUGUGGGUUUUUCAAUAAUUUCAGAAAUGGGUUCAGAAAAAUGAAAUAACCCAUCAAAUUUCCAAAAUUAUUUCUUUCCUGGUAGAAAAUUUCCAGUUUUUUUUAAUCUUCUUGUGGGGUUUUCAAUAAUUUUGGAUUUGGGUUCAAAAAGUGCAAAACCCCAUCUAAUUUGUAAAAAAAACUUUCAAUUCUGUUAAAAAAUUGAACUUUUUUGUGGGUUUCUCAAUAAUUUCAUAGAUGGGUUCAAAAAGGUGCAAAAAUCCCUCAAAUUUGCACCAAAAGACCUCAUCUUUCCCAGAUGAAGUGCUGGAAAAAGUUCUGGGUAUGCUAGAAUCUCACAAAGAUAGAAGCUCAGUUUCAUUAGUUUGCAAAGAUUGGUUUAAUGCUGAAAGAUGGAGCAGAACCCAUGUUUUUAUUGGGAAUUGCUAUUCUGUUACACCUGAGAUUGUUGCUAGAAGAUUCCCCAAAAUUAAGAGUGUAAUCUUGAAAGGGAAACCCAGAUUUUCAGAUUUCAAUUUGGUCCCUGAAAAUUGGGGGGCUGAUAUUCAUCCAUGGCUUCUUUGCUUUGCAAAAGCUUAUCCUUUUUUGGAGGAAUUAAGGUUGAAGAGAAUGAGUGUUAGUGAUGAAAGCUUGGAGUUUUUAGCUAUGUCUUUCCCUAAUUUCAAGAGGAUUUCUCUUCUUAGCUGUGAUGGGUUCAGUACUGAUGGCCUUGCUGCUAUUGCCACUCACUGCAAGAACUUAGUUGAGCUUGAUAUUCAGGAAAAUGGAAUUGAUGAUCGCAGCGGAUGCUGGUUGAGUUGCUUUCCCGAAAACUUCACAUCAUUGGAGAUUCUGAACUUCUCCAAUCUUCAUUCAGAAAUUAGCUUUCCAUCCCUUGAGAGACUUGUAGCUAGGUGCAAAUCUUUGAGUGUCUUGAAGGUGAACAAAAAUGUGAACCUGGAACAGUUACAGAGGUUGCUUAUUCGUGCUCCUUGGUUGACACAGCUAGGCACGGGUGCCUUCUCACAAGAGCUCCAGCCAGCUCAGUAUGCUAGUCUUGAAAACAUGUUUAACAACUAUCGCAAUCUACAAACUAUUUCUGGGUUAUGGGAAGCCAAUUCACUCUAUUUGCCUGUUCUUUAUCCUGCUUGCUCAGAGCUGUCAUUUUUGAAUUUGAGCGAUGCACCUUUACAAUGUGAAGAACUUGCUCAGCUUCUUGAUCACUGUCCAAAUCUUCGCCGGCUUUGGGUGCUAGACACUGUUGGUGAUAAAGGUCUGGAAGCUGUUGGGUCGAGCUGCCCUUUGCUUGAGGAACUCAGGGUAUUUCCUGCAAGCCCAUAUGAUGCCGACAUAGUCCAUGGUGUUACAGAGUCUGGUUUUGUUGCGGUGUCCUACGGAUGCCCUAAGCUCCACUACGUCCUCUACUUCUGCCGGGAAAUGACAAACGCCGCUGUAGCCACCAUCGUGCAAAACUGCCCCGAUUUUACUCAUUUCCGCCUCUGCAUAAUGAAUCCAGGUCAACCCGACCACUUGACUAAUGAACCAAUGGAUGAGGCUUUUGGUUCGGUGGUAAAAUCUUGUAAGAAGCUUAGAAGACUCGCUCUUUCUGGUUUAUUAACUGAUUUAACAUUUGAAUAUAUUGGCAAAUAUGCCAAGAAUUUGGAGACACUUUCCGUGGCUUUUGCUGGAAGUAGUGAUUUGGGUAUGCAAUGUGUUCUAGCUGGUUGUCCUAAGCUGAGACGGCUUGAAAUAAGGGAUUGUCCCUUUGGUAAUUCAGCUCUUCUUUCAGGGUUGGAGAAGUAUGAAAAUAUGAGGUCUCUUUGGAUGUCGGCUUGCAAUGUCACAAUGAAUGCCUGCAGGCUGUUAGCAAAGGAAAUGCCUAGGUUGAAUGUUGAGGUUAUAAACGACGAGGAUGCCGACGACUGUCAAGCUAAUAAAGUUUAUGUUUAUCGGUCAGUCGCAGGACCCAGAAAAGAUGCCCCUCCUUUUGUUCUCACGCUUUGAUAUCGACACAACUUACUUGGACGAAAGUAUUAGAAUGACAGCUGGCAGAAAUAUAAAUAGCAAAACUUGGAUUCCAUGUCACCGUCUUAAACUCAAGACUAUUACUAGUGAGAAAACCCAGCACAUUCAGCAGUUCAACCUAUGUGUAAAUUGCCAAGAUUUAUGAAACUAAAAUGCGAGGGCAGCUACGACCUAUGUUACCGGGACACGUGGACAAAGAUCACGGAAGAGUGUGGAUCAUCCUAUGGUUGGACCUAAUUAUUCCUUCUGAGUAACUUAGGCUGUCAAUUGCAUUGCUGAAGCAAUAAUUGAAACAACUGAAGAAAUACGUGUUUGUGAAGCGGCAAAGCUUGUGUACAGAAAGGAGUUCACCACAAUCCGGAGCAUGUAAGAUAAAAGAUGUUAUCUACACACAUAAAGGAAAACAUGAGAUUAAAAAGGAUGGAUAAUGGCUUUUCUGAUAGCUGAGAUUAACAAGGAUCUUAUGCUGGGAUGUUGUAACUGUUGUAUUCAUGUAAUUUUAAAUUUGUGAAUUAUUUUUUUCUGUGAAUUAUCCCAGAGUUCCAUUGAUAAACAUGCGGUUGAUUAAGUUCUAAUGAAGCUUUGCUCAA